AUGUAUGGAAGCAAAAUAUAUGAAGAGAAGUUGGAUGCACUCUCGCUUCAGCUCUCGAACACCUCGACACUGGUUGAAAACAGCCUGGAUAUUGCAGCUCCUCAUAAGUUAUUCGAGGGUGGCGAAUACUAUGAUCCUCUAGCCACCUGGACGCCCGAGGAAGAGUCAAAGGUGAAGAUGAAGACUGACGUUAGGCUUCUUGGUUGGCUCUCGGUCAUGUAUUUUGGCAUGCAACUAGAUAGCACAAGUAUGGCCAAUGCUCUCGCUGACAACUUUCUUCACGACCUCGGAUUCGACAUGACAGAAUACGGCAACGGCAUAAUGAUACAUCGAAUCUGCUACUUGAUUGGAGGACUGCCUGGACAGCUCAUUGCGACCAGGUUUGGAUACAGAUAUCUCUUCUCUGGAUUAAUGUGUGCAUGGGGGCUAGUUGCCUGGACUCAAGCGUGGAUGCAAAACGAGGCUGGGUUCUACGUUACCAGAGCCCUGAUCGGCCUAUGCGAAGGUGCUUUCGCACCGUUGACUGUCAUGUGUCUGUCCGGCUUCUACACAAAUAUUGAGUUAGGCUUUCGAAUCGCGAUCCUAAGUUCUGGUAUCAAUAUUGCAAAAGCUUUAUCGUCGUUGAUUGCAGCCGGAAUACUCAACAUGAGAGGUAUUGGUGGCAAGCCAGGUUGGUUCUACUUGCUAUUGAUCAACGGACUCGUGGUUUUCGUGAUCGGUAUUAUCAGUUUACUAUAUCUACCAGCUGGACCAACCAGGACACAGAGUGUCCUUUAUAGGAAGCCUUGGUUUUCUGAGAGGGAGAAAGUGAUCGUGAUCAAUAGACUACUGAGGGAUGAUGUCUCGAAGGGGAAGACGAGUACUAAAGAAAAAACAAGCCUACGUGACAUCUGGAACACUCUGAAGGAUCCGGCUCUCAUCGGAUUCUGGUUCUUGGCUCUGAUAAUCUAUAUGGGAAAAAGCCCAGUUUCACAGUAUCUUGUUCUCAAUCUACGACAGCUUGGGUUUACGAGAUUCGAAAGUACCGUUUUGACCAUACCAUCUGACUUCCUACGCACUGUCACGGUCCUUGCCUUAACCUGGAGCAGUGGCCACUUCAAGGAGAAAGUGUUCCAUUGUAUCAUUCCAGGAUGCAUAGAGAUACCACUAUUUGCUGCACUGUUAAUCUUACCUCCACAUGGCUACUCCUGGGUCAGGUUUGCCAUCAUAACGCUCAUCAUUGGCUCGCCCAGCUCUCAUCCAAUCAUGGCAAGUUGGAUCAGUGUCAAUAGCUUCGACCCCAAGAAACGUGGUAUCACCAUUGCUCUAUUUGGCACAUUUCACGAAAUCGGCAGUAUUGCAGCAGCACAAAUUUACAGAGAUGAUGACAAGCCGUACUACUAUACGGGAAACAAGGUUCUCAUAUCUAUAUGUGCAGUCUCUAUCGUGGGCCUUUUGAUUCAUCGAGAAGUGCUCAAGCACAUCAAUCGCAAGAAACAAAGGGCAUGGGAGAGCUUGAGUGAAGUUGAGCAAAGAGAAUAUUCCAAAAACCAGGAACACAGUAUCGGAAACAAGAGUCUUACCUUCAGAUUCUGCUAUUGA